AUUAUUCAAAUACUGAAACAUCAUCUUCUUUAAAAGAGUUUCAAAGAUUUGGGUUUCCCCAUAACCGCUCAAAAGUUCUCUGCAUAUUAUGGGUCUUCCCUAGGAGAAAAUAGUCGUUGAUGUUCCCAAUAUCGACAUGGUUGAUUCUUAUUUAUACCCACCUCCACAUUCUCUCUAUUUCCAAUAAAAUUGACCAAAGAAAGAAGGAGAUUAAAGCUUUACAUGAAUUUCAGCAAUUCCAACCAAGAUGGAACGGUGGAGAUCAAUUUCAUUUACCCAUCCGGCGAGCUUCAACAUAAUCAGCAACGCAGAUUUGGAAAAGAAGACAAAGUUUGAGAGAGAAAACAUUAUUCAAAUAUUGAAAAUAAAAAUAAAAAAUAAAAGGUUUUUAGUAAUUUUACACAAGAAUGCAGUGUGAGAAGCAAAAUGGGUUGUGUAACUAGCAACACUCCUGUUUUUUCCAUUUCUGUUUUACGGAACUUGGUUCAAAGAGUUCUCUUUCCCUCUCUUUGAACCCAAAAAAAACUAUAGCUUCUCACAAGCCCAGAAGGCCCUUGCUUGCAGUCGCCAUAUUUACAAAGGUCACGCUUCCUCUUCUUCUGCUCCAAAAAUUCAGUCUUUAAUCUUAUUCUUUACCCUCUACUCUACUCGAAACCCUUUCAAACUCCAGCGGCAAACCACCACCGUCAUACAUACGCCAUACUCACUGUCUAUCAAAGCUUUUUCUCCUUUGCUCUGCAAAUUGACAACUUCAAUUAUAUUUUCUUGAUUUAUAGUUUUUGGCCGGAGUGGGAAGAAGGUGUGACUGGACAAAGAAGAAACAGCAACAAUUAAUUCCCGUUUAUGUGGGUUUUUGUUGCAUAAAUUAAUAAUAAAUAAACUCACCUCACACUGUUCAAAGAGUUUGGCGGUUACUGAGAAUUCCAGAAAAUCCAAGCUCUUUGGCGGUUACAGAGAAUUCCAGGAUACCCAAUCUCUGUUUCAAUUCAAAGCAUUCGCUAGCUUAGUGGCCUUUGACAGAGAAACUGUUCAAAGACUUUGAGUUUGAUGGAUGUCAGUCCGUUCAAGCAGGACAUCGAUGAUCUUAUAGAUGAGUUCGCUCAGGUUGAGUCAACAACUUUGGCGGAUAUGAAAAGAGUAUGGCUUUCAAGAAAGAUGUCUUACAUAUACGAGGCUUCUCCUUCUUCCAACUUGGCCUUCUUCAUGCAAUCUUUAUACGCCCACUCAAUUGGAUACACGAUCAGUAAAGCUUCUUUAUCAUACAGACUGGGUGGGCUCUAUUGCCUUUAUUGCCUCUAUGAGACUCAGCCAUUCAAACCUCCUUUCAAAAUUUAUUUAUCUCUUGAGGAGCUGAAGAAACUUAAAAAUCUUGUUGUUGAUGCAAAAGAAAUAAAUUUAAAAGUUGUAUCUGCUUUGGUGAAGAGAAUGCUUGAAAAGAACAUGUUCCUAUUUGGGUUUGUUGACAUAAAUGAAGGCUCCAUUUCAGAGACAGUAAACCAACUUACAGAAUUACAGAAUGCCCGCAUUCAAGUCGCAUACAAAGAGUUAUUUGGUAAUACUCGGAUUGAGGACUUCCUCCACAUGGACAUGGGCAUGGAAGUUGACCUGGAUGUGCUAAAGAAAAUGUCAACAGAAUAUGCAGAGGCCAAGAAGCUGGCUAUCAGUGGGGCCAGCCAGGUUGUGGAUGUUGAAAACAUAAAACACAUAGCAGAGGAUAGUAUAAUGGUUGGAGAUGCAGUUGAGAAGAUUACUGAGGAAUGGAAUGUCCAAAAGCAACUGUUCUACGAACAAACAGGAUUGAAUCGGCAACUUCAAGGUGAAUAUAACCAACAGAAACAACUACUUCUGCUACAAGACGGGGAUGACAGCUAUUCUGAGAAGCUUGAACAAUUUCUAUCUGAAACAUCAUAGGCUCAUCUUCCAUAUUCUGAUUUCCUCUAUAGACUAGCAAAGUUCAGGGUCAGGUAUUCUGUUGGGUGUAAAUGUUAUUGAUUCUAUUCUAUUUUCACUUUGCAUUUAUUAGAAGCCUCUGUAUCUAGUUUUGUUUCUAUAAAAGACAGUAUCCCCUCUUCAGUUCUUUUCUAGAUGGACUCUGAAAUGAACCAAUCAUUUCUUUCUUCUUGUGCUUCCCAUGAAAUUUAAACUAUAAUAUGGUGAAAGAAUAAUAGUAUGAUUAGUAUGAUCAAAACGAUUUCGGCUGGAAAAAAAAAAAAAUUGUAUGAUCAAAAUGACCGUUCUUAGCUGCUUGCUAAGAAUGAAGCUGGUUCUUCAAAUUGUGUUGAAAUGGGAAUAUAAAAGUUUCAUGUAAGAAAAACAGAUACAAACAGCAAAGAAAUAUCAGUAUCACUAUUUUCUAUUAGCAUACAGCAGAAGACAAAACAUAAUAGACAUGGGAAAUUGGCAACAUAAACAAAUUUAUUGAAAUUUCUUUUCCUCUAUGACAUUACAUUCGCUCAUCAUGGACGCAAGUGACAACAAAAAGAAAAGUAAUUGGACGAAAAUUAAAUAUAUUUAUAUAUAUAUUAAAAUAU